CUUUUUUUAACAAGAUCUGUUCUCUCGGCUUCCGUAGUUGAGAGAACCGAGGAGAAGAAAACAUGGAGCUCUGUGUCGUUUCACCAAAUGUGAGGUUUACUACCCUUACUGUCCCCCCGGGCUCGACUGUGAGCGAUCUCAUCGAUCAUUUUGCCGUUAAAGAGGGUGGCUCCUCCGCGGAUUUCUAUGUGAAGAGCAAUGGGCGCGUGUCUCGCAGGAGUGACCCGCUUCGGGCUGGAGUCGUGUACCGUGUGGAGCCUCGGUUGUGUGGAGGCAAAGGAGGAUUUGGCUCUAUGUUGAGGGCCCUCGGGGCACAGAUCGAGAAGACCACUAACCGUGAGGCCUGCAGAGAUCUGAGUGGAAGGAGACUGAGGGACGUCAAUCAUGAGAAAGAAAUGGCAGAGUGGCUGAAAAAGCAGGCGGAUCGAGAGGCAGAGAAGGAGCAGCGUCGCCUGGAGCGGAUUCAGAGGAAACUGGCCGAGCCCAAACAUUAUUUCACAGACACUGAUUAUGAACAGCAGUGCCACGACCUCUCGGAGAGACUGGAGGACUCUGUGCUGAAAGGCAUGCAGGCUUCUUCUAGUGGUCUUGUCAAAGCGGACGAGGGGCCGAGUCGCAAGCGUCCGACGCCAGCUAGCAGUGAAAAGAAAGCAAAGAAGAAAUGUUUCUGGACCGGCCUUGGAGGACUGGAGGAGAUGGGCAGCUCGGGUGAAGGAAGUGAUGACAGCGACAGCGAGGCUUCUCCGUCCACCUCUGGGGCUUCACGCAGUUCAGAUGUUCCCAAACCGGCUGUUCCACCUUCUGCCACCAGGGGGAGUGACAGGACAGACCCUCAGGAGCAGCAGCCUAGCAGCUCCAGCAGCUCCUCCUCCCAGAGUCCCGCACCGAGCUCCCCAAGACAGGUGGAGGAGGAGGUGCAGAAGGAGUGUACAGCAGAAACCAGCCAAAACGCCACCAGCGAAGAGGAUAAAUCCUCCCAAAAUCCCACACUGAGCUCUCCAACACAGGUGGAGGAGGAGGUGCAGAAGGAGUGUACCGCUGAAACCAACCAAAAUAGUAGCAUCGAAGAGGAUAAAUCCUCCCAGUGUCCUGCAUCGAGCUCCCCAACACAGGUGGAGGAGGAGGUGCAAAAGGAGUAUACAGCUGAAACCAGCCGAACCAGCAGCAUCGAUGAGGAUAAAGCGCAGGUUGAUCCCACAGAAGCACCAAGCGGCCCAGCCGGGAGCAGUCAGGCACAGGAAGAGGUGGAGGGUCUGCUGGAUCUGCUGUCGGUGAGUGGUCCGGAGCAGCUGGAGGCUUUGGGUCUGGAGCGGCUGAAGAAAGAGCUGAUGGAACGAGGGAUGAAGUGUGGAGGAACGCUGCAGGAACGGGCUGCGCGUCUGUUCUCCAUCAAAGGACUGAGCCCUGAUCAGAUUGACCCUGCGCUCUUGGCCAAACCCACCAAGGGCAAGAAGAAAUAACUUGCGUUUCUUAAACCAGUGUUUUUUACCCAUUUUGCUUUGCUUGUGUUUGGCAUGUGUGUAGUUAUGUUUAAAGGGUUGUUUGUAAAACUCUAACAUCUAAUUUUGAAAAAUCCCCAGUUUGGGACAAUGAGUGCUAAAUUCUUUUUAUUAUUUUUUUUAUUAGAAUGCCAUUAUUGGUCAUUGAUACAGAUAACAAUUUGGAUUGAACUGUAAAGUUGAACUUUAGUCAACAAUAUAUGGCAUUUUAUUUUUGUCUGUUAGAAAAACAUGCCAUGUAACAAAAGGUGAAACUCGGUUAACUUUUGUAAUCUGUACAAGAAAUUCUUUAUGAUAAUUCAGUCACAGUAAAUGUUGUUUUUUUUUAUUUUUUUAUUUUUAUUCAUACAGAGACAUUCUUGUAAUCGGUCACAUGUUUAUGAUGUGGGUGGGAAGUCAUUCAACAAUUCAUCUGUUGUCCAAAAGAUUGUUCAUAUUGCACAGUAUUUGAUUGUAUAUGCGAUCUGGUCCAUUUUCCUCUUGACUUUAUUAAGUAAAAUAUUGUUGCACAA